CACCCCCAACACCAACCCGCAGCAACCUGAUCCCGGAGACGAGCGGUCCAGACAAGCCUGCAAACGAGGCGUUCCCAGCCGCCCUGUCUGUCUGUCUGUCUGCCCAGCGGAGCUCCACACCGUCAAUGCCAAAUGCUGCCUCGGGGAAGAUCUGACCAAGAGAUAUGCAUUCCCUCACCCGGUAGUCCGUCAGCACGGGACUAACACCGUUAAUCUCAGUCUAUCGCAAACCAGAAAAGCCAACUGUACGCGACGUUGACUUGGGUAUAUUUUCCCCCACGAAGGAAGGUCGCAAAAAGAGACGGGACCUGGAGGACUAACUGGCUAGCUGUUAGGCUAACGUCGGUUAGCAGUCAGUUUGCAACAUAACCGAGCUAAUUGGCUAACGUUUAUAAGGCAAAUUUUAGCCCCUUGUGUCGAAGGGUUGGACUAUUUUAUAAGAUGUAUAACUAAGAGUUGUCUUUAUGUACACGGUGUAGCUGUGGGUCGGCGAUUUUCGCGAUAUUUACGCUCUUUGCCUAAGUUUUGGAGUACCAGACAGUCGCCCUGGGCAGCUAGCAUGUUGGCUAACGUUAGCAGAUAUGGACCUUGUUCGCUGGCUGGUCGCAGAUGGGAGAAACGCCAAACAAGUUAGCCGCUUGUUUCACCUGUCCGGGCUGAGCUGGAGCCGAUAGCGGGGCUAACGUAACUUUUAUCGACAGUCAAUGUUAGUCAUCAAAUCACGACAGAACAACAACAACAACAACAACAGCGGCUCUUUUUUUUUUUAAUUAUUUUUUUACGCAGCACUUCUCGAUGUGCUCCAUACCUGAGAGAUCGGUUCAAGUUAUUGAGCUGACGUGAGGAGGAAAAAGGAAACAAAGUGGUAUCUGCAAAAAAAGAAGAGUAUCAGAAGAAGUAACUUUAUUUAUUAAAAGAAAAAAAAAAAAAAAAACAGACUCGGAGAGGAGCUCCAGCUACGAGACCAAAGUCGCUGUGUACACACUGUCAUGGCUGUGGGCCGAAUCACCAUGAAAUCACUCGCUAAAUUUGGGUUUUGCCUGACCAUUCUCCUGACUUCUGUGGCCGCGGCACAGGGCGAGGAGAGAGAGUGUGCCUUCACGGACCAGCAGCAGCAGUGGGAGAUGGAGAGAGUGGCGGGGGGUGAAGGCCGGGUCUCCCCAGAGAACACCACCAUCCGAUGUGCCAAGGGCAGCCACUGUUUUGGCCUGUGGGAGAAAAGUCCUCCAGGCGAAGUGCGACUGGUCAAACAAGGUUGCUGGACUCACCUGGGCGACCACCAGGGUUGCCGUGACGACCGCUGCGUGGUCACCAACCUCCCCCCACAGAUCCAGAAUGGGACGUACCACUUCUGCUGCUGCGGCAGCGACAUGUGCAAUGUCAACUUCACGGAGGACUUCCCGCCGCCCAGCCCCACCACUGCACAGCCCAUCUACUCUCGCACGCUGCGCUACGAAGAGACAGUAAUUAUCACCCUGGCAACAGUGUCCGUGCUGGCCGUGCUUGCUGUAGCUGCUUUCUUUGGGUACCGCAUGAUGCACGGAGAUGGUAAGCAAGGCCUUCACAACCUGAAUAUGAUGGAGGCUGCUGGCUCUGAGAGCUCUCUGGACCUAGACAAUCUGAAACUCCUGGAGCUGAUUGGGCGUGGCAGAUACGGCGCUGUCUAUUGUGGCUCUCUGGAUGAGCGGCCCGUGGCUGUGAAGGUGUUCACCGCAGCCAACCGCCAGAACUUCCUCAAUGAAUGCUCCAUCUACCGGCUGCCGCUACUGGAACACGACAACAUCGCCCGGUUCGUGGCUGCAGACGAGCGGACAGGCCCAGAGGGACGCACAGAGUACCUGCUGGUCAUGGACUACUACCCGCAUGGCUCUCUAAGUCGCUACCUGAGCGUCCAGACCAAUGAUUGGGUCAGCAGCUGCCGGCUCGCUCACUCCGUUACCCGGGGCCUGGCGUACCUGCACACUGAGCUCUUCAAAGGAGAUGUGUACAAGCCAGCAGUUUCCCACAGGGACCUGAACAGCCGCAAUGUCCUCGUCAAGGCUGACGGCACGUGUGUGAUUAUUGAUUUCGGCCUGUCCAUGAAGCUGACGGGAAACAGGCCGGCGCGUCACGGGGAGGAGGAGAAUACUGCUAUAAGUGAGGUGGGGACGAUCCGCUACAUGGCUCCAGAGGUGCUGGAGGGAGCAGUGAACCUGAGGGACUGCGAGUCUGCGCUGAAGCAGGUGGAUAUGUACGCCCUGGGCCUGAUCUACUGGGAGACCUUCAUGAGAUGUACCGACCUUUUCCCAGGAGAGUCGGUGCCAGAGUACCAGAUGGCUUUUCAGGCGGAGGCGGGGAACCACCCGACGUUUGAGGACAUGCAGGUCCUUGUAUCCAGGGAGAAGCAACGGCCCAAGUUCCCCGAGGCCUGGAAAGAGAACAGUUUGGCUGUUCGCUCUCUGAAGGAGACGAUGGAGGACUGUUGGGACCAGGAUGCAGAGGCCCGCCUCACAGCACAGUGUGCUGAGGAACGACUGGCAGAACUGCUUCUCAUAUGGGACCGCUCCAAGUCUGUCAGCCCCACGCUCAACCCCAUGUCCACCACACUGCACAACGAGAGAAAUCGGAUGACGCCAAAGUCUGGCCCGUACACAGACCAUCCCUCCACCUACAUUGAAGAGCACGAGGGCGUGGCCAAGAACGCGCAGGCUGAAACCACUAGCUCUGUGAGCAGUCGAGCUGGGGCUGGGACCGGAGAGAGAAACAGGAACUCCAUCAACCAGGAGCGCCAGCAGCAAGCCAACGCCCGUCUGCCCAGCCCAGAGGGCAGCAGCACCAGCACGGGCCUGAGAGGCAGCCCCUCAGCCUCCACCACUACCACCACUAUUAUCUCUGAGUCUGAGGGACCUGCAGGGGUCGCCACAGUCCCAGUCUGCCUCCACCUGACCCAGGAGGACCUGGAAACCACCAAGCUUGACCCGAAAGAGGUGGACAAGAACCUUAAGGAGAGCUCAGACGAGAACCUGAUGGAGCACUCGCAGAAGCAGUUCUGCUCUCCGGAUCCACUAAGCCCCGGCAGCUCCAGCCUCCUUUACCCCCUCAUCAAGAUGGCCAGUGAGGCCUCAGGCACGUCGGACCCCGCCGCGCCCAUGCCUACCACCAUCUUCCCCCUGCCCAAGCAGCAGAACCUGCCCAAGAGGCCGUCUAGUCUGCCCCUGCGUACCAAGCCCACCAAGAAGGAGUCGUCAUCGUCUUCGCUCAGGUUCAAGUUUGGACGCUCAGGGAAGUCCAACCUGCGGCAGGUGGAGGGAACAAAGAUGAACAUUGGUGCAGUAACGGGCACAAACACUGCUGCAGAGGCUCAUCGGGGCGCAGGCACAAACAACACACCUGUUCUACGAGACACGCAUGUCAACGGCAGCGUUAACGGCAGCGUUAACGGUCACGCCAGCACUGGGCUCUCAUCUAUGGCGACAGGUGGAGCGACAGGUUUCGGAGGAUCCGGCGUAACUCAGAACGGGUCCGGAGUCCUGAGGUCGGACGACAGUCGUCUGAGCCUCGGCGUCAUCACGGCCAGCCCAGACGAACACGAGCCACUUCUGAGCCGCGAGCGAGAGCAGCCCGAUCCGAGAGACGCGUCCUCGAGCGUCGCCGCUCUCCGCUCGGCCCGACCCAACACCAACAACAACAACAGCAACACCGGCCACGGCCGGGGGGACGGGGAGAGCGGAGGAGAGAGUGACGGAGGAGAGGAGGAGGGGACCGGAGAGGGAGCGAGCAGGGAAUCCACGGGGCCCCCAGGAGAAAGCUCUGGAUCGGGAUCUGGUACUGCUGAACUCCAGGGGGAAGCUCCGGUCACCAUGAGAGGGGAGGCCCUGCUCAGGCAGCCCAGAGCCCGCAGGCCAGAGAGACCCAACUCCCUGGAUCUGUCCUUCACAACACAGGACCUGGCCUCACUAGGGGAAGGCUUGGUACAGCCGGAUGGAGCCUUUGGGACCGGCGAUAAGAUCAAGAAGCGUGUGAAAACGCCUUAUUCCCUGAAGAAGUGGCGACCCACCACGUGGGUCAUCUCCACAGACACCAGGGGACCGGAGGUCAACAACAACGGGUCCGCCCGCGGUCAAGGUCACAGUCAGAACCGGCCCAAGUCCAGUUCAGCCAUCUACCUGCGGGGGGGGAGCUUGGCCAGCGAGCCUGGAGACACCCAUGUGUGAACUCAGACCCUCCGACAAGACUGGAAAAAAUAAAAGAAAAAGAAAAAAAAGAGAAGAACCAGAGAGCAUGUGGUUUCUGUCUGUCGAGCUCUCUGCUCUGAAUCAGCAAGAGGAAGCUAUGGAGUGUCUUGUGAACAAACAGUCGAGUCUGAUCAUGUACAGUAAUUAGGUCUGUCUCGCUCCUAUGUGUCUUUCUGAUGAUGGCAUUGCUUUAAAUGGAAUCCAGCUAUGCAGCAUUCUCACCCGCUUCUCUUUCCUGUGUUUUAUUAAUCCUCCCUUUGUCUGUUUGUUUGAUGUUUCAUCCUCAUGAGCAUAGCAAUGUUUUCAACGGAUUUUGUAGUUGUUUUUUUCCUUUCUAUUUGCACUUUCAACCGAUUAAAAUCAGUGUUUAGAAGUCCUGUCUGUUGCGACCACGACAAGAAGCGAGUGGUCUCUAAACUUUUGAAAGGCGAUGAAUAACAAUCAACACUACGAGCGCUCUCUUUCUCCUACUUUGCUGCAUCAAGCGAAGUUCAGGAGCAGGCUCUGUAAAAGAAUCGACGGUCUUAAAAGACAGAACAAAAAUACUUAUUUUUAUUUCCUUAAUUUGUAUGUAAUACAAAUUUUGUCUUUUUUUCACUAUGUAUCCAUUUUUUUUUUGUAUCAUAAUUUUUAAUUGUGCAAUAGGAUGUAGCUUUUAGAUGCUUUCGAUGUUUUUAUUGCUUCCAUUAUUUUGGUCUUUGUUUUAUCCCAUCAUUAUUUUUGAUAUGUUAAUCUCUGUUGCACUUAUGGAUAGUCACAAUCGUUUUGUUAACAAUCCAGUAUACACUAUCACACCCACCCCCCCUCCCGACUCAAGAGGAGAAAAUGGAUGACAAUCCUCCUCUCUUUCCUUCUUCUGUGGACUAUUUUUAAGGGGCACAAACACUAACAAUCAAAUCCCAUCUGACUGGAAAAGUGAUUUUUCAUGAUACACCUCUGCUUGCACAAUUUCACCAGGAAUGGCUCAGACUCUGGGGGUCUUUUUAACGCUACAAUCAUGAGAAUCGAAUCUACGGAGGGAUCUGUUACAGUGCCCGACGCAAUGGCUGUACCACCAUCACGUGACCUCACUGUGGACUGUGUGUUUAGCUGUCUGUAUGUGACUGAAAAGACCAGAAACACAAGAAAGCUCAGAUUCUGCUCUUUGAACUCUGUUGGAAAUCAGAAAUUAGUCACACACAAAAAAAACCAAACCCCUCUGAAGCACGCUGGAUAUUAUUUCUGCUUCUUGUUGUCUCAUCCCGUGAUGUUCAAAUGACUGAUUGUGUGUGUGUGUGUGUGUGUGUGUGUGAGUGAGAGGGAGAGGGAGAGGGAGGGUGUACACGUAUUGUGUUUUAUCAGCAAGCAUUAGAGUUAUCUGGGCCUACCGCUGUACAGGCGUGCUGAAAUGUCAUUGUACUCAUUCUGUAUUUUCAGCGCCGCUUCAGGGCAUAUGAAAAGAUCUCAUUUAUGUUUUUGUAAUCUGCAAUUUGUAUGAAAAAAAAAACAUGUAUGUGUAUUGCAUUGAUAUUUGCAUCAUUUUUAUGGAGUUCUGUUUUGCAUUCAAUGGACACGGCCUUUGAUUCCAUUGCUAUGCGUCUGCUCGGUACAGUUUCUGUAAACAUUUUCAAGUCAAUAUGGAAGAAGCAAUUCUCAAUAAAUGUAUGAAAUAAC